GAUCUGUCAAAAGUGGUGUUCAAUCCGUCGAAAUCGUUCACAUUUCAACCGGUCCAACGGAAACAACAGGCCUCUCUGGAGAUCACGAACAACUCCACGAGUGCUGUUAUGGUCAAAUUCAAGAAUACGAAUCCUAGUGUCUUCUCGACGGUUCCAAAACUUCAUAAUUUGGGCAUUGGAGAAAAGUUCACUUUCAAGUGCAACUUUCGAGGAUUGGCCAAAGAGAAGUGCAAAAAGAAUGAUAGAUACACCGUUGUCCUGAUCGCUGUGUCCAAAAAUGCAAAUAUGGAGAGAAUCAAGGGAAAGGAGCACUCAACAGCUACUCUGAAGCACAUGAUCCAUAUUGUGUAUCCAGGAGUGAAUGACGAGAAAGAGAACCAACAACCAACUCAAAACGAUGAUGAGGAGGAUAAGGAUCGAAAGGGACGUAUGAGAGCGAAGACCAAGGUCGAGGCACCGGCUGCACAGGUUAAGAAGGCCAAACUCAUCUUCCUCACUCGCCCAGAGGAGGAAUCUGUGUCCGACGAAGACGAGGGUGGUCCAUCGCCGAAGAGUGAUGCUCCACCACCUUCUGAUGAUAUGAUGACUACUCGUCCAGCUGGAUUCUUCAAUGGACAAGUGGCUUCGAAUGGAGCUCCAGGAGGAGCUCCUGCUGGUGGUGCUGCCGACCCGAAGAGCCUUGGAAUGCUUACUACUCGUCCAGCUGGACAGUUUACUGGACAGCAAGUGGGCGGAGCUUCUGCUGAUCCAAAGAGUGCUGGUAUGAUGACGACUCGCAACGCGGGAGCAUUCAAUGGUCAGGUGAUGCCAAAUCAAGGUGGAGAAGGUGGAGAGGCAUUGAAGACGACGAAGCAGGCAGGAAGUUAUGAGAAUCCACAGCAGAAGAAUAAAUAG